CGCUCACAGAAAUAAACCACCCCAGACAACUGUCGCCUCCUCUUCCCCAGCGACACAGACAUUAGCAUCGCCACCAGUCGAGUACAUAGUCUCGCUAGCCCAGUACGCACUUCAUCCUGCUCGCCUGCCGACUCCAUCUUGCUCGCACCCAGCCACAUAUAUACCCGGCGCUGCACACGCUCGACGUCAAAACCCAGAUCCGCGUCGCCUCAUUAGUUCGUCGCCGAGUUCGUCGCAAACAUGAAGAGCUCCGUCCCAUCCACAGCGACGAUCACCGAGUCGCCGCGGAGUAGUCGAAGCGGCAUCCCGCCCACCUCCACCUCAGCCGGCGGCUCCUCGCCACGGAUCACAACGACCGCGCAGAUAAUGUCGCAGUCGACCGGGUACACCGGGGGUGGUGGGGGUGGCCUGCCGUUCCCUAUGUUCCCGCUGCAGCUGCGCGGGGCGAAGAUCGGCGGCGGCGGCGGCAGUAGGAUGGGGAGCGAGAGCCCCGUGCGGGAGAGCGGGGAGGGGAAGGAGGGAAGGGAGGGAAGGUGUUGUGGCCAUGACGCGGAGCUGGCGGAGGAGCGCGCUCGAAGAAGGAGGGCGGAACGGAAGGUCAAAGAGCUGGAGGCGAUGCUACGCGUGGUCAUGAAGGGCAUGCAGUCGAUCAAUGAGGAGGGCGAGGAUGUGGUCGUGGUGUCGACGCCGAGAGAUGCGCCGCUGAGGGAAGCGCUGCCGACUCCAUCGAGGGCGAGGGCGCCGGAAUCGGAGCGGCAGAGAUUGGUGAGGGAUAGCAAGCCCCGGGAACGAGAGGGGUACGUGCAGGCGCCGGUGCAGGUGCAGCUGCACGUACCCGAUAGAAGGUCGAGUACCGGUAGGGGCAGGAGUGCCGGUGUGGGCGAUCAGCUGGGUGGCUCGGGAUCGAGUAGGCCGCCACUGUCGCCGUCGUCGCCGCAGGGCGCGAGGUAUUCUAUCGGGAGAGUGGAGUAUCCAUGACUGUAUGUGAACACGAGUGAUGAUUACUACUAUUACUAUUAUUGUUAUUAUAAUUUAAUGCUGUUACGAUCAUGGCGGAUUCCUUG